CUUUCGUCAGAGCAUGGUGGGAGACUGUACAAAAGUACAGCGCAGACGUUUCUCCUCAAUUGAGCUAAAUUGAAUUAUUUCUCUGUUUAAUUCUUCGCUUCUUUGUCUGUAUAAUAGAUGUCAUUAGUGUUUGAACCUGACACUCUGUGACUUUGUUUAAUGUUUUCUACAAAGCCAACCCCACGUCCACUAUCUUACAACCGCUCCCUCUCCCCACUUGCCCACUCACUCACCCAAGUCACACACUGCUAUUUUGAAAACAUCCCGGCCUGACAUCUCAGAGAUAUAAUGCAGCAAAGAGACACACCUUUCUUUCUGGAUAUCAUAUCGUAGUUACGGUGAAUCCCACGGAUCUCUAUGCCUGUUUUUUUUUUCUUUCUGUUUUUGCGUGCUUGGAAAGGACUUCCUGAAUUGACGGAAUGGACAUACUGCUUCUGGUGGGUUUUUGUCAUCUGCUGGCACACACAGUGAAAGGGAAUGGCGUAAGGACCAUGUUCGUGAAGCAGGGAACGGAUGUGCUCUUCGAAGUGAAAGAGGCAGUUGAAUUUACAGAGAAUCAGGACGAAUUAAAAUGGAACUUCAAUUCUACUAUCACCAUAUUGAAAUUUGUAAAAGGAGAUAACAAAAUAUAUGACUACAAAACAAAAAUUAAUAUUCAAGGGAAUUUUUCGUUCGUUUUAAAAAAUGUUAAUCUGUCUGACAGUGGACGUUACACUGCAGUGCUGGGAGGUCAAACAACCCAGACUCUGGCCGAGUACAACGUUCAAGUACAAGCUGCAGUGUCAUCUGUCCAGCUCAUGGUGACGUCGAUGUCCGCCAUUAACGACCUGUGUAACAUCAGUGUGAAGUGCACAGAAGGCCGCGAGUCCAUUGAAAGCACUUUCGAUUGCGAGCGUGACAACUGCAUCGAGGCGCCCACCCCGCCCUCCGCUCUGAACCUCCAGGUCUUCUUCUCCAAUGUCUCCAUCGUCUGCAACAACAGCAACAAUGUGAGCUGGGCCACGACAGUGGUGGAGGUUCGUGACGUGUGCACUCAAAGUAGAGCACCUUACAAAAGCCUGUACUGGAUCUGGAUAGUUAUCGGUGUCAUUGGUGUACUUGGCUGUGUCCUUUACAAGUUUAUUACUUCAAGAAAUCGAAUGGACCCCACACCGACCGAAUAUGCAGAAUUUCACAGAAGUAACCAUGAAACUAUUUCGGAUACUUAUCACCUCAAUGAUGGUGACCUGGAUCUUUCUCCAAACACCACAUAUGCCCUGGUAGGAUUUCCAACGGCUCCACUGGAACCCGCUACGGCUGACAACACCUCACCAGUGUCUGUCUAUGCUCAAGUCAAGAAAGCAAUCUGAAGGAAAAGACCUGCUGUCUGCUCUGCUCGUAAAAAAACGUUUGAGUCCAGAACCAGACGCCGUUCUAUAUGGAUCUGGACCUAUAGGCAAUUAUUUAAGUAUUUCAAGUUUUGACUGACUACUUUUCUUUUGACCGCCGCAGUUUUUAUAGACUUUACAGCAGUGGUCCCCAACCUUUUUGUAUCCGCGGACCGGUCAACGCGUAAUAAUUUGUCCCGCGGCCCGGGUAGGGCGGAGGGGGCUGGGGGGGGU